AGGCGCUGUAGCCAUUUCGCCACAUGAAAGCCCGAUGAGCUGAACGACCAACAUCCGAGUUGUUCGUGGAGAAGAGAAAUCAGCUUCGAGGAGCUCCGCGCGCACACAGGCGUACACGAACUCGCGCGCAAACACGCACGGCGCUCAGACACGUACACUUCCUCCUCCUCCGCCGUGGAAAAAAGAGAGAGAGAGGGACAGAGAGAGGGCACACGAAACGCAAACUUCCAACUCUCCCAUGUGGAAAGCAGAGGUUUGAGGAUAAGGUAUAUUUUUUCCUCCUCGGGGCUCCGUUCCUUCCCCCCCUCUCUCCCUCUCUUUCUCUCUCUUUAAGUGUUUUUGCCCGGAUAGUUGUGUUUCUAUGAGAGUCUUGUUCGGCGAGGAGAGAAGUUUGGUUGUUUGCCUGGUCGGCUGAGGAGGAGGAGGAGGAGAAGAGUCGGGUUAAAAGUGGGGGAAGAUGGUCCGCAACGCCGCCUGGAGAAGAAGCUUACUAUGCGUCCUGGCGCUCAGUCUCAGCUUUGCGUCCCCGCCGUGCAAUGCUCGGAUUUACACCAACCACUGGGCAGUCAGGAUAGCCGGUGGACCCGAUGUGGCCGAGCGGAUAGCGGAUAAAUAUGGCUAUAGGAACAUGGGACAGAUUGGGGAUCUCAAAGACCACUAUCACUUCUUCCAUAGCCGGACCAUCAAGAGGUCGACUUUGUCCAGCCGCGGUCGCCAUAGUUUCAUCUCAAUGGAGCCCAAGGUGGAGUGGAUACAGCAGCAGGUGGUGAAGAGGAGGAUCAAGAGGGAUUACAAGCCAUCCCCGCCCCUUUCUCUGACAAGCCCCGCCCACAGCAGCCCAGCCCAGAGCAACAUAUUCUAUAAUGACGCUAAGUGGAGCAGUAUGUGGUACAUUCACUGUAAUGAUGAUGUCCAUAACUGCCAGUCGGACAUGAACAUCAUGGGGGCGUGGAAGAGAGGCUACACGGGUAAAGAUGUGGUGGUCACGAUACUAGAUGACGGCAUCGAGAGGAACCACCCAGACCUCUUUCAGAACUACGACCCUCAAGCCAGCUUUGACGUCAACGGCAACGACAUGGACCCCAUGCCCCGAUACGACGCAACCAACGAGAACAAACACGGGACGCGGUGUGCAGGCGAAGUUGCUGCAGCCGCAAACAACUCCCACUGCAUUGUGGGAAUUGCCUACAAUGCCAGAAUAGGAGGUGUGCGAAUGCUGGAUGGCGAUGUAACAGAUAUGGUGGAAGCCAAGUCUUUGAGUCUCCAGCCGCAGCACAUUGACAUCUACAGCGCCAGCUGGGGACCUGAUGAUGAUGGAAAGACUGUGGAUGGACCAGCGUCUCUGGCCAGGCAGGCCUUCGAGAACGGCAUCCGCAUGGGGAGGAAGGGCCGUGGCUCCAUCUUCGUGUGGGCAUCAGGCAAUGGCGGGCGCAGCAGAGACCAUUGCUCCUGCGACGGCUACACCAACUCUAUCUACACCAUCUCCAUCUCCAGCACAGCCGAGAGCGGACGCAAGCCGUGGUACCUGGAGGAAUGCUCGUCCACACUGACCACCACCUACAGCAGCGGAGAGAACUACGACCGGAAAAUUAUCACAACAGACCUGAGACAUCGAUGUACAGACAGUCACACGGGGACGUCGGCCUCGGCUCCCAUGGCUGCUGCCAUUAUUGCUCUGGCCCUGGAGGCAAAUCCUCUUUUAACAUGGAGAGAUGUGCAGCACAUAAUUGUAAAGACCUCCAGAGCCGGACAUCUCAGCGCCCCUGACUGGAAGACCAAUGCUGCUGGAUACAACGUCAGCCACCUGUACGGCUUUGGAUUGAUGGACGCUGAGGCGAUGGUGAAGGAGGCGGAGCGAUGGAAGCAAGUACCUCCUCAGCACGUCUGUGUGGAGAGCGCAGACCGACAAAUAAGAACUAUCCGUCCAGAGCAUGUGGUUCGGUCAGUGUACAAGGCAACAGGAUGCACUGACAACCCCAACCACCACGUGAUCUACCUGGAGCACGUGGUCGUACGUAUCACAAUCACACACACCCGCCGUGGGGACCUGUCAAUCAAUCUGACCUCACCCUCAGGGACCAAGUCUCAGCUGCUUGCCAACAGGUUGUUUGAUCACUCCAUGGAGGGUUUUAAGAACUGGGAGUUUAUGACCACCCACUGCUGGGGAGAGAAGGCAGCAGGCGACUGGGUCCUAGAGAUCUAUGAUUCACCUUCUCAACUCCGCAGCCAGAAAGUACCCGGCAAACUGAAGGAGUGGUCACUGGUGCUGUAUGGCACCUCUGUGCACCCGUACUCGUCUCUGCGCAGCGAUAAGCCCCGCUCCACAGACAUGCUGACGCCCACCGAAGAGGAGUUCACAGAGGAGUACAACGGCCCCUGUGACCCUGAGUGCAAUGAGAAUGGCUGUGAAGGUCCUGGACCCCAUCACUGCAUCAACUGCCUCCACUAUUUCCUCAAGUUCAAGAACAACACCAGGAUGUGUGUGUCAGAGUGCCCCAGUGGCUUUUUCCGUGACGAUAGGAAGCGCUGCAAGAAAUGCUCCUCAUUGUGCGAGACCUGCGUUGGAAGCCGUAGCGACCAGUGCACCACAUGCAGGACUGGUUUUCACCUCAACGAAGGCUCCAACACGUGUGUCGCCAACUGCGGCGACGGCUUCUACCUCGACACCGAUUCCAACAUUUGCAGGAGAUGUCCAGAGAACUGCAGGAAGUGCACCAACUCCAAUAUCUGCACAGAAUGUAAACCUGGGAUGAGUCUUCAAGGAAACAAGUGUCAAAUGACCUGUGACCCAGGAACUUAUUACAAUGGCCACAGAAGGACUUGUGAACCUUGUCAUCGGGCAUGUGCCACCUGCGCAGGCACAGGUAUAGAGGCGUGCACAAAGUGUGCAGACGGCUACUUACUUGAGGACUGGCGGUGUGUGUCAACAUGCAGCACUGGCUACUACCUGUCAGAGCAGACCUCAGACAACGGGCAGGUUCAGAGGUCCUGUAAGAAGUGUGACCAUAGCUGCUACGAGUGCUUGGGGCCCGGUGAACAGAACUGCAGCAGCUGUGUCACUGGUUACAAUCUGGAGGCAGGAGCCUGUGUGGUCAGCACCAUCUGCAAAGAUGGACAGUACAUGAGUCACCAUAGAAAUUGCCACCUGUGUCAUGCUACCUGUCUGCAGUGCACAGGUCCGGAGGAAGAAGACUGCACCAGCUGCUCUGAGACACGGCUCUUUGAUGAUGGGAGCUGCGUCAUCCGCUGCCAGACGGGGCGUUAUGCCAUGGGGAGGCAGUGUCAUCUCUGUCACCACACCUGCCACGAGUGCACUGAUGAGGGACCUGACAACUGCACCAGCUGUGACAGAGAUAAGUUUGGGGGCCCCAGGUACCUCUUUCAGAGUCAAUGCCGGGAUGUCUGUCCAGAGGGGUUCUUCAGCUCUUCAAGGAAACGGUGUGAGCACUGUCCUACAGACUGUAUCAUCUGCUCGUCAGCAGAACACUGCCUCCACUGCAGCCCAGGACACAAGCUCAGAAAUGGACAGUGUGUCCCGCUGGAGUGCAGUGCAGGUGAGGUUGCAGACGCCGAUAAAGAGGACUGUAUUCCCUGUGACGAGGGCUGCAAGAAAUGUGAGCGCAAGGAUUCAGGAGCUCAAAAAACUGUUUGCCUCAAAUGUGAAGAUGGUUAUUACCAGUUGGGCUCAGACUGUCAUCAGUCCUGUCCAGAUCGGACCUACAAUGUGAACGACACCAUGGUGUGUGAUCCAUGUGAAGACAAACAGUGUGAAGUCUGUGACGAGUUCCAGUGCUACUGGUGUAAAGAGGGAUUCUACGUUGACGAUGGCAAGUGUGUGGAUCACUGCAAGAAAGGUUUCUUUGUGGAUGACGAGAGCCGAGACUGUGAGCCCUGUCACCGCGACUGUCGCACCUGUGGAGGGCCACGAUAUGACGACUGUGAUUCCUGUGAAGACGAAUUCAUGCUGAUCAAUGGGGAGUGUGUUAAGGACAGACAGCUUGCUCUCUGCCCUGAGACACACUUCAGAAACAGUCAGGGCGACUGUGAGUUGUGCCACUCCACUUGUAAGACUUGCUCUGGUGCAGGAAAGGAUGACUGCAACAGCUGCCACUCUGGUCGUUUUUUGACCGCUCGACAGACCUGCACGCCUCGUUGUCCACCUGGCACGUUUGCCAACAAGGCGUCCAGCCAGUGUGAAGACUGCUCAAAAGGGUGUGUCAUAUGCCAAGACGCCCAGCAGUGCCAGCACUGUCGCAAUGGACUUAACCUCCAAAAUGGAGGGUGUGUGGUGGAGUGUCAGAGAGGAUUUCCUCAAGGUGGCGUGUGCCGCCCGUGUGCUCCAGAGUGCACAUCCUGCCAGGGAAAUUCCUCUCACUGUCUGAGCUGUGAGGCACCGUACCUGCUGCUGGACCACUCCUGCAGGUCACACUGUCCAGAGGGCUACUACACCUCCAAGACAGAGUGCCAUCGCUGUCCAGCUCAUUGUGAAGAGUGCAAUCGAGAUGGCCUAUGUAAGAAGUGUGCCCAUUACUACUUCCUCCAUAACGACAAGUGUGUGGAUGAUUGUCCCGAUGGCUACUUUGCCAGUGAGAAGCAACAGGAGUGUGUGCGUUGCCACGCGGAUUGUGCCUCUUGUGAUGGACCAGGCUUUGAUGACUGUGAUGUGUGUAGCAACCCGCAAGCUGUGCGUUACAACGGAGAGUGUCUGGCUAAGUGUCCCAGCAGCACUUACUAUGAUGCGACUACCAAUGAAUGCAGAGACUGUGACAGGUCAUGUCUGACCUGCUCAGGCCAUGAGCCCUCAUCCUGCCUUACCUGCGACACCAACAGGCGUAAAGAUGCCAGCGGUCACUGUGUGUGGUUCAGUCAGUGCCCUCUGAGCUCAUACAUGGACCAUAAUGGGGACUGCCGGUCGUGUCACAAACUCUGUCAUCGCUGUUCUGGGUCAGGCCAAGACCACUGCCUCAGCUGCAACCCACCAUACCUCAUACUGAACAGCACAUGCGUGCAGGAGUGUCCUGUUGGUUACUAUGCAGAGGACAAAGACGAACGUGCGUGUGAACGCUGCCACUUCAGCUGUAAGUCAUGUGCUGGUCGUCACAGUGUGCAGUGUGUCGACUGUAGAUCUGGAUUCUUCAAGCAGGGAAGUAGCUGCGUGGAAACCUGUUCAGAGAGUCACUUUGGCAACACCACCACCAUGGUCUGUGAGCGAUGUGACCCCUCUUGUACCAAGUGUUGGGGUCGUGGUAACAGAAACUGUCUGCUCUGUCGGGAGGGCUUCGUCUACCUGAGGCAGCAGGGACAGUGCCUUCAAAGCUGCCCUCCAGACUACUACCAAGACAGAUGGUCCAAGACCUGUCACAAGUGUCAUCCCACCUGCAAAACCUGCAGUGCUGGCGGCGCUCUGUUCUGUCAAUCCUGUUAUGAAGGCUACACAUUCAUGAAAGGCAUCUGUGCAGCCCAGUGUCUUGUAGGCUUCUACACCACUUCACAGGGCUCUGAGUCUGACAACGAUCAGCCAAACUGCCAGGCGUGUGACCCAUCCUGCUUGGACUGCCGAGGUCCUGGCAUGCAGAGUUGUACAGUGUGUCCCGCACUCCAGAUCCUGUCUGAUGAUGGCCGCUGCUUGUCUUGCUGUGGUAAUGAGACACGCCAUGAUGAUAAACCAAUACCGAGGGAGUGCUGUGACUGCGAGGCCUCACGAGAGGAGUGCGUCCUGGGUGUCAACUUUCUGAUGAGAGAGGAUUCAGAGGCCGAAGGCAGCACCGCCAAACUCUUUGUCACUGCCUGUGUUGUAGUUAUCCUCUCUGUGGGCGGAGGAGUCUUCCUCUUCCUCAAUGCUCGAUCUAGAACAGUUGCAAUGGCACCUAAAAUCAAAGCAGGAGGCUAUGAGAAACUGGAUACCAAUGGAGGCGUUGCCUUACAGCCUGCUGUCUCUUCAUUUGGGGAGUACAGCGAUCGCAUUGCCGAAUGCGAGGAUGAUGAGGAAGACGAUGACGAUGAGGACAUUGUGUACAUGGGACAGGAUGGGACGGUGUAUCGGAAGUUCAAGUACGGACUCUUGGAUGAAGAUGAGAUUGAGUUGGAGUAUGAUGAUGAGAGCUACUCCUACAGAUGAAAACAAAGCACACAAAGACCUGACUCGGGAGGAGUGGCUCUUUCUAACAUAUCAUUGCUGUCUAAACAUGGUGUGAAGAUUGUUCACAUGAUGUCUAUUUAAUUCUUAUCUUUUUUAAUAGUUAGAUCUCUUCAGAUCCUGUCAGCAGGUGAAGCAGUGAAGGAGGGUGACAAGCACACACAAAAUUUUUUCAAUGACAUCACAUCUCAAAGACAUACUCUCCUCUUGCCAUAUUUACACAGGCCCCAUGUGCUGGUGGCACUGAUCAGAUUGUUUAGAAGUCUGAAUUCACAGCACAUUUUCUACAUUUCAUGAUCAUAUUUGUGCUGGUUGUUUGCCCUCUCUGAUAGUCUCAAAAUCAUUUCUCCCAUGUCGAAGGAGACGUUUCAUCAUGAUAAAUGAUGCCAAACCAGUUCCAACCUGCUAUCAUGCCACAGUUUUGUUGACAAUAUAAGGUUACGGCUGAUUGCAGUUGGCAGAGUUGUUUGCCAUGACUACUGUUAACUUUGUUUGGCAGCAACAGGACUUAAGAGAAUUAAAUGUGCUUAUUGUUCCAGUCUUACCCUGCAGAGGCUAAAAAACAACUCAUACACGACAUAUUCAAGUACAUAUCUGGGAUACAUACAAAUCUGAGGACAAAAAUAUUUGAUGUUUGCACAGUAGAAGUAGUAGAAAGGACAUUGAACUAUUUACCUUGGUCAUUCGAUGAGUACAAAAGAAAAUGGCGAUUGUUAUGAGUUGCUAUGGUGACAAAACAUGUCAGUUUAAGGACUCUGUUUCAGCCUAUCCUUACACCUACUGUCCCUAUUAAACAGAAAAAUACAAACCACCAAUCCAAGUUUCUCUCUUUCACUGAACUAACACUAGUAUAAACUUAACUGCCUCGUUAACUCAUUUUAAAAAACCUUCAUUUAAACUCGACAAAACAACACUCAACAAAACUGACUUAGUUAUUCUUGUUACUAAUCUAGUUAGUUAGUUAGUAGGCUUUUACAACAAUCACCAGUUCUGGUUUGAUCGAAAUAAAUUCUUAACUCAGCGAGUUAGAUGUAAAAAAUAUGCUGGCUCUGCCUCUUUGCCCGCUGAGCAGCAGCUUUAUUUGUUCUUCUGAGGCAGCUACAGUAGCGUUACAUCGUGUUUCAAUAAUCAUGCAACGGAUGGCAACAAAAGAAACAGUUAGGGUAAUAUUUUUUAAAUUGACAGAUUGCUCAAUUAAAAACGCACUACUCAGCUGCUUGUUUGGUCGUUACUGCAAAACCCCACCUUAGUGAGUUCACAACUUGGAAAUGGCAACAUUACACAUAAAAAUGUCCGCCGCUCUGACCAUCCUGCUGCACUGAUUUGAAUGAGAAGGCCCGUUCUAAUCUCUAUUUCUUUGUCUGUGUCUCAACAUCAAUAAUUUUGGUUUACUUUUGGAUUACCAAACCUUUCAUUUGAUUGGCAAGAAGAGUUUGAUGUCUUUGUUUGAGUCACAAACCUCAGGGGACACUGUGAAUGUGCUGACAAUCAUAUUCAUUUUCAUGUGUUUGUUUACAUUUUCUAGAAUAGAUCAUUUCAUUUGAGGAUAAUUUGUAUGUUUACAGCAUAAUGUGACUCAGUAGCUAUUGUCUGCUUGUGAAAAGAGAAUCUUACACAAUCAUACAUUCAUAUUACAAUUUGCAGAGUUAGAUUUAUAUAAGAUUGCAUUUCAUUACAUUUGAUUGUUCUAGUUUUAACAACACAGUUGUGUAACAUGCUUCCUCUGUUUCUGCAUUAUCUAGUUUAAAGCUCUUAUUGUAACAUUACUGUCAGAACUUGCUGUGUUACAUUUGUUUAAACAGUAAACUGGACUGUGUAUUGCACUGCAGGUGUCACCUCAGAAUACAAAGCAAACUUUACACUGUAGCACAAUCUGAUCUGUAACCCUGUGUGGUACUGUUUGGAUCUUUUCAGGUUAGUUUACACAUAGAGGAAAACAUUUUCUCUGGUUUCAUUUUAUUUAGGCCACAGUGAAAUGCAUCUAUGUGAGUGUCCAGAUAACUGCUCAUAACACAGCAGAAGGUUGCAGUUGAAGAUUUUCCCCCCUUUAACUCACUCUUUGACUUAAGUGCUGUGCAGUUGCCUUGUAUCGCCGUCUCCCUGAGAUAAUAACGGGUCUGCAUCCCGCCCACUGUAAAGUGUGAAGAGUAAAUCAUAUGGAUCUUUCUCUGUACUUUGUUUGAGGUGAGAUAUGCUGUAAUCAUUGUUUGGUAAUAAAGUUGGAUUUUGAUCUGU